CGCUGGGCAUUGCAGCAGGAACCAGGCCAGGGAUUGAAAGCUAUAUCAGUGAAAAUUUCUGCUGGAUGUCAUCCUCUAACGGCAAGAUCUGGAUAUUUGUUGUAUUCGUUGUACUGAUCGAGUUGGUAGGUUAAAUUCUUAAAAUUUUUUCGUUCCCCUCUUUCACGCUUUGCCUUCGGUUAUCGUUGCAUCGUGAUCAUUUUUUUCGCUCGCCGCUUUUUUAAUCUAGACUCUAAUAGUAGACUCUAAUCAACAGUUGCCAACGAAAGCUGAAAUAUGUAUGAAAUAUAAAUUUUGCUUGAGGUGACCUUAUUGUAGGAAGAUCCCGUCAGCGGUUACCGCGAAAGAUUUUCAGGUCGAGUAGUCCUGGCUCGGGUCUCUCCUGGGUUGUUGUUUUGUGUUGUUAGGCGAAACAUUUUGCGUUCACAAUGCUUCUCUCCCUCUCCUCAAAGCUUUAUGGAUAUUUACCAACCAAUGGUCAAGGAAACCUGGGAAAUGUCUGAUGGAAUGACGAGGAGGGGAAGGGUUCAACUUUUGACGAACAUCCAAUGAGGCCACUAGGAGAACUUAGCUCAAGUGCAAACUUCUCUUUUCCUUUGUAUAGUUAGAUUGUUUUUUUGUUUUGUCUCGUUUUCUUCUGUUCUCAGCUAAACACAUUGAUACUGGUGCGAGUUAUCAAGGAGAUGGCAAACAUGCAGCAUGCAAAAGACAAAAUCAGUGAACAAAUAAGACUUGAUGUCAGGGCAUGCGUGUUGAUGAUUCCUUUGCUUGGGAUCACGUGGCUAUUUGGUCUUCUGUCGCCCCUGCAGAAAGCGUUUGCCUACAUUUUCAUAAUGUCCAACUCCAUUCAGGGCUUCAUAAUAUUCCUCCUUCACUGUGUGAGAAACUCAGAGAUUAGAUCUCGCUUCAAAAGAAGGAUCACUGGUGUCACCCCAACUGCAGAUGAAGUAACGGGCGUUAAGCGAGCUUCGCAAGUAAAUGAAAGUAUCAGCGUGGAUUGCCAAGAAAAAUGAAUGUCCAGCCUCGCAAUAACCAUGAAAGUGGCAUUGAAAUAUAUGAAAUCUGAGUAGUCCUAGUAGUGUUGUCCCUUAGCUCAGAUUUGUGUAUAACUUGAAUUAAGUUCGAUGAGAAAAUUUUAGAGCAAGUAUACAUAACCAGCUUAAGAAGGCUCUGACAGCUUUGUAUUGAUACGAAAAGUAAGAAAAGAACAUCUCAAGUAAUCAUGAUUUAAGGUCUUCUCCUUGUGGAAAGAAAAGGGCAUUGGAUACACUAAUGUUUAGAAGGUCCGCAUCCAAGACAUCAGUUUACAGAAUAAUGAAACAUCAUAACCCACCAUGAAAGGAAAGAAACAUAACCCACCACCGAGAGGAAAAAAACAUUAUGGAGACCAAUAAUGGUAAUCAAGAUAUCAUUAAUGUCAAUAGAGGCAAGAAUUAAUCAAUAACAAACCAAGAAACAAAUAAAAACACAAACAAAUAAAGACUA